GCGGACUGAUCCCAUCUCCUUCCGGAUGAGGAAUGUGGGGCUGAGAUAGCGAACGAUAUCAUGCCUGACAACACGGUGUCUAUCGACUCCGAGGACACGGAUUUAGACAUGGGUUUUGUGACAAGGAGUAUAUGAGGGCUCGCGUGCCGGUGGUGAACAUGGGCAAGCCGAAGCAGCAGAUUUGCAGCACCCACUACGAUGCACGCACAUGAGGCCAAGGACCCAAUCGAGGUCGAUGAAAAGGCCCCACCGAAAGGCGCAUACAAGGAUGCAGACAGAGCCCUCGAAUUUCUCCGCGUCAAUGACGAACACGAAGAAGGUACCGUCGUCGACAUCGAUGAGAAGACACUGGUCAAGAAGAUCGACUGGAUGAUCGUGCCCAUCAUGUUCGCCUGCUACUUCCUUCAAUACCUGGACAAGUCGCUCUUGAACUUCGCUGCAGUGAUGGGCAUCAGAGAGGAUGCCAAUCUGACAACUGAGCAGUAUGGCACGCUGUCCUGGCUGUUCUAUCUCGCCUUCCUCAUCUUCGAGAUGCCGCAUGCAUACCUCAUGCAGCGACUGCCAACCGCAAAGUACCUUGGCGGUUGCGUCUGUGCUUGGGGUACUGUCGUGACCUGCACCGCGGCAUGCGACUCUUACGCGUCUCUCGCAGUCUGUCGUUUCCUUCUCGGCGCCUUCGAGUCGGCAAUCAGCCCGUCGUUGAUCCUCGUCACGUCGAUGUGGUACAAGCGUGAUGAACAGCCCAAGCGCAUUGGCUUCUGGUACCUCGGCGUCGGUGUGGCCGUGAUGGUUGGCUCACUCAUCUCAUUCGGCUUUCAACACUAUACCGGCGACAAGUUCACUAACUGGCAGAUCAUGUACCUUGUGGUCGGUCUCGUCACAAUCGCUGCGGGUGUUGCUGUCAUUCUCUUUUUACCCGACAACCCAAUGUCGAGCAAGUUGACGCACCAAGAGAAAAUCAUGGCUGUGUCGCGUCUCCGCGAGAACAACACUGGUAUCGAAAACAAGACGUUCAAACCGUACCAGUUCCGAGAGGCCCUUUGCGACCCUCAAGUCUGGCUGUUGGCAUUCAUCACUACAGCAGCCAGCAUACCCAACGGCGCUGUGUCGUCGUUCCAGAGCGUCAUCAUCUCCGGUUUCGGCUUCUCAAACAAGGAGACCGCGCUCAUUCAGAUACCCGGCGGUCUGAUCACGGCGAUUAGCACGCUGAUUGGCACUUAUAUCGCCGGCCGUUAUAACUGCCGUGGCUUCAUGCUCGCUACAUGGGCAGCGCUGGGUGGCAUCGUUGGCGGCGGCAUGAUCGCCUUUCUACCCGCCAGCAGCAGAGCUGGCAGACUGGCAGGCAACUACCUGACGAACACGACCGGCUCCUUCCUACCACUCGCGUAUGCCUUUGCGGCUUGCAAUUUUGCCGGCCACAGCAAGAAAGUCACAAUGAACGCCAUCCUGCUCAUGUCCUUCUGCCUAGGCAACAUCCUCGGACCACUGACGUUCCGCAACGAAGACGCACCCAACUACACCCCCGCAAAAAUCACCAUCGUAGCAGUCGAAGCCACCGUGCUCUGCGCAGUGGCUGUCUUGCUCGUUUACUACCGCUGGGAGAAUCGCCGGCGCGACGCUGAGGGCGACAUGCAAUGGAAUCAGGGGGAUGGAGGGUUCGGCGACUUGACUGAUAGGGAGAAUUUGGAGUUGAGAUAUAAGUACUAGAUAUGCAGAAACCUCGUUCUUG